CGAGCGCACGCGCCGGACAGAAGUGGUUUCUAUAGUGACGCUUCUGUAAACAGCCGCUGACCGGAGACGGAACGACGUCCCAACAAUCUGCAGCUUUUAAUCAUCUCCGGUAGACAGUCGUCGUCAUGACAGCAGGAGCGGUGUCAGCGCCGCUGAUCAUUCCCAUCAUCCCCCUGCAGACACACAGAGCCAAGAACCAGAUCCACACCAGCACACCUGUCUCCAUCCAUUCAGACACUCUAGGUGUGACGAUCUUCUACACUCUGGACGGGUCGAAGCCGGCAGUGGCGCAGCAGGGACCAGCGGGCAGCAGCAGGAAGUACAGUGAGCCGAUCCUGCUGCCCGCCGGUCGAGUGUGUGUCAGAGCUGUGGCUGUCUCCAGUGACGGCAGACAGAGCUCCGCGGUGACGAAGGUUUUCUCUGUUGAACUUGCCAACUCAAACAACAGGAAGGAGAAGGAGGAGAGCUUCGUGCAGAGCGAGCAGCAGCGUCCGACUGAAGGAACCUCCUGUUCUCCUGAGAACUCUGCAGGUUCUUCACUGAGGCCUCCAGAGCCGAGGAUGAUGGGAAACGGCUCUCCUCUGGCAGGUCCUCGUUUUCUGAACAGUCGACUGGGUUCUCCGUCCACCACCAAAGCCCACACUGGUUCUUCCCAACGUUCCCAGUCAGUGAGCUCAGGUGCACUGAAACAGCUGAACAGCACGCAGAUGUCCCGAAUCCAGCGAGAGACUGACUUCCUGCGGUGUGCUCAGUGUUUGAGUUUUCGUCCUUCAGACCCGUUUGCUCGGUUCUGUGCUCAGUGCGGAGCGGUGGUUCCUCCGUUACCUGAACAGAGACUGCCCCCUGCUGAGGGAGGACAGAUGGUGCUGUGUGUGUUCUGUAACAACAUGGUUCCUGUGAACACUCACACCUGUUUGAUCUGUGAAGCCUCCGUCCAACAACAGAUAAAACCACAGGCCAGACUCACACUGCAGGAUCAUGUGGUGUGUGUUUGCUGUGGAAGUGGGAAUCCUGCUCACACCUCCAUCUGUCUGACCUGUGAGAGCCGCCUGCAGCCGGAGGUGUGUGUUGGUACGAUCGCCUCCUCUGUCCCGGCAGACAGCAGGAUGUUGUCCUGUUCCAGAUGUAAACGUAUUAACCACUGUGAUGCCAGAUACUGCGACUGGUGUGGCUCCAAGCCCGGUCAUGCAGCUAGCUGUGUGAUGUGUUGGCGAUGUGGAGCGAGUGGACACCCGUACGCCUUCUACUGCGCAACCUGUGGUGUCUACCUGGAAGCACCGGCCCCGCCCACAUCCUGCAGUGACAUCACACAACCCAUCAGAGUCACCGCCCCCAACCAGGCUUCAGCCUCCACUUCCCAUGAUGUCACCUGGCAGGUCACAACCUCAUCUGACCCCACCUCCACUUUGAAGUUAGCACCGCCCACUGUUGUUGAUCAGUACACACAGACUGUUGGGCUGUAUUAUCCAUCAACCACCAAAAUAAACAGGGAGGACCAACAGAGAGCGCUACAGCUCAGCAGACAGCAGGCGACCAGAGACCGCCACCCACUGCUGACAGCCAUCAGCCCAGGCAGAGGUUACUGGAGGAAGCAGCUGGAUCAUGUGUGUGCUCACCUGAGGAGUUACGCUCAGAACAACGCCCCUUUCAGGGCUCUACUGGGAGAGCCUCGUCUGGGCCAGAUGGUUUCUGCUGUGAUUCAAGAGGACUGUUAUGAAGUCAGCCUGACCGUCAGCUUCGUGUCGGCUGGACAGAAAAAAAAACAGGUGGAUCCUGAAGGUGACGGUGCAGGUGCAGCAGCAGCAGGUAACAGUGCAGCAGGUGGUGUUUUACCUGCAGGUGGAACUGAGGCGCUGAGCAGCGUUACAGAGCGAUUUCCCGACAGCAGCAGCCUCAGGAAGAACGGUCUGAUGAAACCCCCCAAACCAAACCUGAUGCCCAAACCUCAGCUGCAGGUAAAGGACAUUCCGCUGCUGAAGGAGCUGUGUCCAAGUCGAGGUCAGAUCAGCGUCAUCCAGCAGCUCCUGGAUCAGGGGGCGGAUCCCUCCUGCUGCGGCAGCGAUGGCCGACACGCCCUGGCAGUGGCCGUAAUGAAUGGUCACUGUGAUGUACUUCCUGUUUUGGUGCAGCAUGGAGCUGACGUGGACCAGCAGUCCGGACCGAUGAAGAACACAGCUCUGCAUGAAGCUGCAUCCCUGGGCUCUGAAGGUUUGCAGUGUGCCAAGGUCCUGCUCAGCUGCAGGGCCGGCGUGAGGCGGAGGAACGCUGCCGGUCAGACGCCGUUCGAUGUGGCCGUGAGCUCCGGCUGUGACGACAUGGUGUCUCUGCUGGCUGCUCGGAGUGGACUGGACUUACUGGGCAAACUGGGAAAACCCAAACUGAACCUGGACGUUUUCUGAUGCGCACACUGGGCUGAAUCACCUUCACUGGUUUUUCUCUUUGGAUUUGUAGCAUCCAGGUGUUGUAAUGAUGCUGUUUAGGAUUUAUGGCGCCGUCCUUCUCAUGUUAGCGAGAUGCCAUGUGUUGGUGGUCGGAUGAUUUUCGAUCACUGGGUGGAUUUUACUGGAGGAAGUGUUUCUGACUUUGAUACUAAAUAAAAACCAGCGUACGCAUGUUGUUGUUCUUGCUGUUGAAAACUGAAACUGUUCAUUUAAUUAUUUUCUGCUGACCUUAGAAUCAGAAUGAAUAAUGAAAUAAAGUCAACAGCAGCAGCUGUUGGUUUCUUUGCCUGUAGAGGGCGACAUCAUCUCUUCUUCAGGUCUACACUGCUGCUGUUAGACAUCUCACAGCGCCCUCUGCUGGACAAGCUACAA